GUUAUGUUUUGGUAGUGGAAAAAAGGGGAAAACGUUUUUCAAACAUGAAUCUGUAGAAAUACUAUGGGUAAAAGCAAAAGAACCGAAUCGUCUUAACAAAGCCAACAAAAAUACAAAACAAAUCUGUUCGAAGCGCUCGCUUUGAAAUGUACACCGCCACGUUCCAAUUAGAAAGUGCUCGCUGCUUCUGCUGAACAUGAGAUAAAGCACAGGGAGAGAGAGAGAGGGCAACAGCAUGGGCAGCGAAUCGGAGCCUGUCAGCUUGGAGUUCAUCGAGGAUUCUUAUCUGCCGCGAAUCGAUGACAUCACCACGACCCCCUCGCUUGAUGAACUGGAAAUAACAGCAGACUGCGAUACAGAUUGGUACAAUGACACGGCUGAGCAUUAUUUACGCAAUCUGACACUCGACGAGAUCUUCUAUGAUGUCGAUUCAGAUUAUGCCAAUACGCUCGAACUGCAAGCCGUUGAAACGGAAUUCAUGGCAGCCAAACUGUCCAAUCAGACGCCAUCGUCAUCGCUCGCGAAACGUUUUCGUCUGAAGUUCUUAACGAAGCGCACAGUGCGCGAUGUUAAGGUCACGUUUAUAGACUUUUCGAAACCCUAUCUGGCCAAAAUAUCAAAUAGCGAUAACUACAAACGAUUUCUGACUAUAGGUCAGGGCAUUGCUAAAGAUAAUAGCGCCCACUUGUCGGAGCCAGCGUCGCCAGCAGCAUCUGUGGCGUCUGCAGAGAUUGCAGCUGAAUUUGCAGCGCUCUCCGUUGAGGAGAAGGAACAAAGACGCGCCGAAUGGAGCCAGGAGCUGGCUCGUGUUGAGGAGGAGAUCAAUACGCUGCGCACGGUGCUGGCCUCCAAGACGCGUCAUGCUUCAGACUUGAAGCGCAAAUUGGGUAUUACCGUCUGGAAGGAGCUGACGGACGAUGUUAAUCAGGGCGUUAAGAAUUUAAAAGAGAGUCAUGUUUACCAGUCAGUGGAACAGAGUGUGGGCACCAUAUCAAAAGCCGUGCAUGAAGCACCACUUUUCCAACGCACGGAAUCGGUUCUGAAGACAACGGGUGAGAAAACAGCAUCGGUACUUGGCAGCAUUACGAGCGGCAUUACGUCGAAAUUUUCACAAAUGAAAAAUUCUGAAUCGAUGCGUUCUAUUGAAGCUUCAGUUGGCACUGCCUAUGAGAACGUUAAAGUAAGCUAUGAACAGAACAAUUUUUUGUGCCAAUCUAAUGCGAAAUGGCGUAAAUAAGAAAUAUAUUCCAAAAUUAAUUUAAAGUUAUUCUAAAACAAAUGGAGCUUGCAAGCUUUUUAACAUAAAUUGACUAUUUAAGAUGACGAUGAAGAAGCAGAAGAAAAGGCAGUGGAAUGCUUUCAAAAUUUAAAGCACAGACACACACAAACACAAGGCUAAUUCGUUGCAACUACACUUGAUCUAAGAUUUGCUAUAUGUGUAUGGGAACUUUAAAUAAAAACGAAAAUUUUUGU